UCCCUGCAUCCCUGUCUGUUGUCUCUAGGUUCAUUCUUCUGUAUCUGUGUUUGUGUCAGGAUUUUUCUUUUUAUUGGUCUUUAAUAGAUAUGAUACUGGGGAGAAUGGUGAGGUGCCCAGAUCUUUAGUUUCUGUGUUCCAGAAUCUGUCACACAGGCCAAUGCUCAUAGAGCCUAGAAUUUCAGAAUGCCCCUCAUUCCGAACAUUACAGGGUGAUCUGGAGCAAGGAGUCAGCUUGUGAGGCUUAUGGGUGUCAUAUUGAAGUCCUGGGAUACUGUGAUAGUGACCCUGAUCACACUGAUGAGUGUUACUGUGGAUGCCAAGAUUUAUGAACGCUGUGAAAUAGCAAGGAAGCUGGAGAAAGCAGGUCUCAAUGGCUACCGAGGCUAUACUAUUGGAGACUGGUUAUGCAUGGCACACUAUGAGAGUGGUUUUGACUCCGCCUUUGUGGACCACAACCCUGAUGGCAGCAGUGAUUAUGGCAUUUUCCAGCUGAACUCUGCCUGGUGGUGUGACAAUGGCGUCACACCCACCAGAAACCUCUGCCACAUGGAUUGUCAUGAUUUACUCAAUCGCCAUCUUUUGGAUGACAUCCUGUGUGCCAAGAGAGUUGUGAGCUCAUAUGACAGUAUGAGAGCCUGGGAUUCUUGGAUUCGGCACUGUUCUGGCCAUGAUUUAUCUGAGUGGCUCAAGGGGUGUGAUUUGCAUCCAAAACCUGAGUCAAGAAAAGAUUCUUGGGGGUAAAGAUUUGCUUUUCCUUUGUUUCAAAUCUUUUGUGCAUUCAAUAAAGGAUAAUAUCUAUAAACAAUGUAAGGCCAUUGCUUGUCAGAUAUCUGACUCUUCAUUUCUCCAGUGCCUAAAGGCAUAUCUAUUCAAUCAGUUCCUCCAUGCCUUCACACUCUGGUCUAGAGAUACCAGAUCAAGCCAAGCACUGGUGGCUCA